UGUCAAAUUAAAUGACAUUAUUUGUUGUGAAUGAUUGGAGUUUCUUGUUUUUAUUAAUUAGAUUUUUAGGGGAAAAAGCUGAAAUUAAAACUAAUUUCGGCUAGAUUAUGUGACAUCAUAGUGAUAUUAUUAAUGCUGAUAUUUUGAAAGCAAUACAAUGUCGGACGACGAGGUAAUGCGAUUUGAAAUUACCGACUAUGAUUUGGAUAAUGAAUUUAAUCCAAAUAGAAACAGAAGAGCCAAGAAAGAACAUCAAAUAUAUGGAGUGUGGGCUAAAGACAGUGAUGAGGACGACAAUGAAGAUAAUAUCAGACAGAGAUCUCGUAAGCCCAAGGAUUUCAGUGCACCCAUCGGAUUUGUGGCUGGAGGAGUGCAACAAGCUGGCAAGAAGAAAGAAGAGUCUAAAGAGAUAGAAUCAUCAGAAGCGUCCACUUCAAGGCCAAAGUUUGCUGACAGCUCGGAUGAAGAAGAACAAAGCGCACCUGAUGCUAGUGAAACUGCUGGUAUACGGAGACAGGGACAGGGCAUGCGACCAGCGAACCUAGGAGGCAAUGUCGGCACUUGGGAGAAGCAUACUAAAGGUAUAGGAGCUAAGCUGUUGUUGAAGAUGGGUUACCAACCUGGCAUGGGGUUGGGUAAAGACCUACAGGGUAUCUCCGCUCCCGUGGAGGCUACGGUGAGAAGAGGAAGGGGAGCUAUUGGUGCUUAUGGACCUGAGAAAGCUGCGCAAAAAGCCAAAAAGGAAGAAGAGCUUCGUCGGCAGAAGGAGAAAGAAGAUGAAAAAGGUCCGAAGGAGAAGAAUUACAACUGGAAGAAGUCGCACAAGGGACGCUACUUCUACCGGGACGCGGCAGAUGUUAUACAAGAGGGUAAACCUUCGAUGCAUACUGUUACCAGUAAACGAGCAGACGAAUCACCUGAUGGUAAGCAAGCCGCCGCCCAUGGACCGGACAACAACGAGUUGUCCCGCGUGCCCGUGAUCGACAUGACGGGCAAGGAGAAGCGCGUGCUGAGCGGGUACCACGCGCUGCGCGCCGCCGCGCCGCGCUUCGAGCACGAGCCGCGCCGCCACUGCCACUACUUCGCCGCGCCACAACUCGCGCACAACCUCAUGCUCAUGGUGGACUGCUGCGAACAGGUCCUCGACAGUUUUCAAAUAUUUUUACUUCAUCAUAGAGUAGAAUGCAAUGCAGUUGACAUAAUUCAAAACGCUCGCGAGUUGCAAGCGGCUGAAGACGAGAUAGUAGUUCUGGAGAGAGACCUGGAGGACUGCAACACUAAGCUGCAGGAACAGGACAAAGUCAUCAACAAGGUGCAAGGGAUACUGCAACGAGUCGAGAUGCUGAACAAACCUGAUGUGUCGUUAGAGAGGGCUCAUGAUGUUCUGGCUGACUUGAAGGAAACAUACCCAGUAGAAUACGACAUGUUUGGGCUGGGUACUAUAGCGGGUAACAUAGUGAGUCCACUGCUGAGCUCCCUGCUGGCCCCCUGGGAGCCGCUGCAGGCGCCCGACGAGCACAUCCCGACCUUCCUGAAGUGGAGGAACUUACUCACCGAGGAGGCCUACAACAGCUUGCUCUGGCAACACUUCGUGCCGCAACUUACUACGGCUGCCGAAUCAUGGAACCCCCGCACCCCUACUCCAAUGCUCCGCGCGGUACAAGCGUGGCAGAACGCCAGCCCCGCCUGGGUGACACGCGCGUGUGUAUCACGCGUCGUGGUACCACGCCUGCUAGCCGCCGUGCGGGCGUGGGAUCCCACGCAUGAUACUCAACCGCUGCACCAAUGGGUGCUGCCGUGGCAUGACUUGGCUGGCGAGGCCCUGGCGACGUCGGUGUACCCGCUGAUCCGGUCCCGGCUGGCGAGCGCGCUGGCGGGCUGGCACCCGGCGGACGGGUCCGCGCGCGGCCUGCUGCAGGCCUGGACGCGCGCCUGGGGGCCCGCCCUCACCAACAUGCUGCACCAGCACAUCGUGCCCAAGCUGGACCACUGCCUCACUCACGCACCGCUCGAACUUGUUGGGAGGGAGAACACGGCGUGGCUGUGGUGCGUGGAGUGGAUGGAGCUGGUGGGCGCGCCGACGGUGGCGGCCCUCGCGGCGCGCGCGCUGCUGCCGCGCUGGCUGGCCGCGCUCGCCGCCUGGCUCAACACCAACCCGCCGCACGCCACUGUACUCGCCUCCUACACUGACUUCAAGAAAAUGUUUCCUGAAGAAGUCUUGAAGGAACCAGCGGUGCGGGACGCGUUCAGAAAGGCUUUAGACAUGAUGAAUAGGAGCGCAGACAUCGACGCCGUGGAACCACCACCUCCACCUCGGUUCACGAUGCCAGAACCUAAGGAAACUUCGAGAAUAGCCGACGUUAUUGCUUCAAGUGCCCCCACAAAGAGUUUCUCAGAGUUAUUAGAAACAAGAUGUAUAGAAAAAGGGAUAACUUUCGUCCCUAUAGCUGGUAAAACUAGGGAAGGGAGACCUAUAUAUAAGAUCGGUGAGCUCCAGUGCUACGUCAUACGUAAUGUUAUCAUGUUUUCCGAUGAUAACGGGAGGAUCUUUAGCCCUAUCAGUAUGGAGAAACUGUUGAAUAUGGUUGAGUAAAAUGGAAAUAAAAUAAUUUAAUUUAGUUUUUUGGUUUCAUUUUUUAUCGUAUUUUUGA